UACAAUAAAUAUUUAUUGUAAAGAUUUCAUAAUAAUGAUAAAAAUGAUUUCUCCAGUAUUUUUCAAUGACGACAACCUGCUGCAGCAAUUGAAUGAUAAUUGGACAAGCAUUGCCCCAUUCUUGUUGGAUUUCUAUGACACCAUACCGCUUUCUCAACAGCGAUCAGUGGCGCAAAAAAUCCGCAGAUACGUUCUGGGAUCAAACAAGAUCAACGGCACCGACUCGAGCUUGAGACCGUUGAUACCCAUGUUUGGCGACCGAAUUUUUCGUCUGGGUAUUGAGAAAGCUGCGCGACUGCAAGCGGAGAGGAACGAAAGUCCAGUGUGGACUUACUACUUCAAUUACAGGGCCAACCGUAGUGCCAGUGAAUUUUUCAGUGGCGGUUCCAUUAGAAAUAUGGGCGUAUGUCACUGCGAUGAUUUGUUCCUUUGGACUAGGACAGUUAAAUCAAGAGAUAAGAAAAUGCAGCAAAUAUUAUCUGAUAUUUAUUUAUCAUUCGUUAUUCAAGG